AUGUUCUGGUGGAGCGAGUGGUGCUCCGCUGCCCACUUGGGCCUGAAUGUUAGGUCGGAUGACACAAGAACAGCAGUCAGAGAUGUUCAUCCUCCUGCCCCUCCUGAGCUCGCUCGCACCCCUGGCUCUCUGCCCUUCUGCCCUCGCUGUGUUCUCUCUCCCUUGCUUCCUCAUGCUGGGUGCUGCCCCCAUCCCGCUCGUGUGCCCUUCCCCUCCUCUCCUGCCCCCUACCCUCCCUGCUUACCCUCCCUUCCCCCUGCAGUCUGGCCUCUACUUGUCAUUGGGGCCAGAGUCCGCCGUCUGCUCCUGGCUGCCUCCUGCCUUCCUAGCCUUUUCCUCUGUUCCUGGCCCCUGAACUUGCUUUGUGUGCCCCCCCCUCUUGAGCCGCCCCUUCUUCGGUGCUUCCGCUUCCUGGUGACCCUUCCUGAUCCCCUUCUGCGGCUUGAGGGGCCCUCCUCCUGUCCUCGUCCUUCCUUUGCUGGCUUUGGGCCUUCCCUGGGGCCAUCCGACUCUGCUAUGUCCUGCUUCUAG